AUGGGAGGCAUCACCCCUUACACACCAUAUAGCCAGAAUUCGCACUAUACACCGCCUAUAACCACCAUUCGGAAUCAAGUGUCCAUACCGAUGGAACACGAACCGCGACGCGUUGGAUUGCCGAUACGACGAGAUUCCACAGAUGUUGAGCCACGCCCCUAUCAACGACGAAUAGAUGAACCGCAAAUUAAGUACAGCCCUGACUCGACCUCUCCCUACACGAGAAGCCUUGAAGUUUAG